AUGAUUAUCUUAUUUUUCAUGAAGAAGAAAUGACAAGAACAAUUUUUAUUGAUAUGGUAACUCUGCUAAAGUCAACCAUAGAAAAAAUCAGAGAAUCAGCCAAGAUGGACGUGUGUCCUAUGAAUAAAAAUUAAAUUAUCGAAGUGUUUGUAGAUGGUAAAUAAACCGGCAAAAUGUAUAAUGGAAUUGGUUUAACAACGCCACGAGGCUCAGGUACGAAUGGCUAUGUUCAAAGAAAUUGGGCGGGAGUCCGAAAGACCAAAGACUCGGUGAAUUAUCGAACAGAAGAAGAAAUAGCCAAGUUGGAUUCUGCGUCGAACAAACAGCCAAACCGAGAAAUAUUGGACCAUGAGAGGAAGAGGAAAAUAGAGGUGAAAUGCGCGGAACUUGAGGAUAGCUUGGAGGAGCAGGGGUUGCCGAGGGAGGAGAUCGCGGCGCGCGUGGCCGCCUUCCGGGCGAAGCUGUCCACCACCAGCGCCGGCGAUAAGGACGUGCCCCGGGACGAGUUCGGGAGAGUAGCCGUUCGCGAGACACACGCGGUGGCAGAGGCACAGCAAGCUAAGAACGCUCGGCUACGAGACGCGUUCGGUAUCUCGCCGCAAUUCGUGGAGGGGUCCAGCCUGGACCCCGAGCGCCGAGCCCGCGACCACGCGGCGAGGUACCCGCUUGUUCGCACGCCCAGCCACGAGCGAGACACCAGGGAACAUCCCCCUAAGAGGAAGAAGAAGAGAAGUACGUCACCAGAAGCAAAAAAGUUGAAGAAGAAAAAGUCGAAAAAGAAUAAAAAAGAGAAACAAGAGUCCAGUAAGAAGAAAAAGAAACGUUCCAAGUCUCCUGACACUGACAGUUCCAGUUCAUCCGAUGCACAAGACAGCGAUUCCGCCUCCUCCGACGAUGAACGACAGAAAAAGAAAAAAAAGAAAAAGUCGAGCAGCAGACGUCGCGGCAGCAGCGAGCCUUCGAGCCGUGACAGUUCCCCAGUGAAAUACUCGAAAGAGAAGCAACGGGAUCGCGUCGUUGAAGAGAGGAAUAAUGAUGUCCAAUAUAGAAAGGCAGAUCGGGAACGUGAAGAGCGAACCAAGAAGUACGACAAACGUGAGGAGCCAGCCGCGCGGGAGUCGCGACACGACUCGCGGCAUCCGCGCCGACACCGCUCCGCCUCGCGCCAGCCCGACACCUCGCCCGAGUACCGACAGCGCUCCUACAUCACCAAGAUAGAAAACAAGAAACGGGAACCCUCCGUAGAACCAGAACGACGUAAAAGUUCCAAACGAUCCAAGCACGACCGCCAACGAUCGUCGCCAGAGUCAGAAUCUGAACCCGCGCCUAAAUCGAGGUCAGAAAAGAGAAGCAAAAAGAACUACGCCAGAGAGUCCAGUUCGUCGCCACCGCCAGAAAAGAGGCGGCGGAAGAGCUCUUCCCCAGAAUAUAGAAAGAGGGAAGAAACUUAUUACAAUAAGAAAGAAACCAUCAGAGAAAAUAGCAAAAAUCAUAGAGAAGAGAGAGAUGACCGGAGAGCCCCCAGGAGAAGUGAAUCUCCCGGUUACAGACAUAGCAGGCGCGAGGAGUCACACCCCAGGAAAGAAAAAGAUGCCAAAUAUGAAAAGAAUAAUAAAAAUAAUCAUGAACGUUACGAAGAAGCGCCGCCCAAGCGGAAAGAUAGAGAAUUAAAUGAUGACAAACCGCGAAGGAAGAAGGAACGCAGUGUUUCUCGGGACAAGAGGGAUACGUCUCCGGAAUACAAGGAGCGCUCACCAGUCAGCAAGAGUUAUAAAAACAGAGAAUCUCGUAAAGAAAACGAUAGACCACACAAAAGUUCUCGAUCCGAAAAAAGGUAUUCAUCAUCCGAGUCGGAUUCCGAACCACCGGCUAGACAGAAAGCUGAGAAAAGUUCUAAAAAUAAAGCUCGCUACUACAAAGAGCGAAGUGAGUCUCCACCGCAGAGGGAACAGCGCAAACGAAGCCCGUCUCCCGAACACAGCAAGAGGAAAGAAUCACCGCCCCAUAAGAGCAAAACAGACAAAUACAAAUCAAGUCGGAAAUCUGUAGAAAACAAACGCGAAAGCAGCAGACCAAGUAGAAAGUCCCCAUCACCUGAAGAGAGGUCGCGACGCAAACCGUCGCCAAGUCGGUCGAAAUCUCCGACAGCGCGAAAAAGCUCAAAGAAAGAAAAACGAAAGAGUGUAACUCCUGUUAAGAAGAGCAAGAAGUCACCGGAGCGACGUACUUGUGAACGUCGCUCGUCGCCAGCUAAAGGCGAACAUAGAGAGAGACCAGACAAGGAGAGGAACCAUGACCGAAAAGAUUCACAUAAGGAUCGGUCGAGGUCCCGGUCUGCACGCAAGAGUCGCAGCACCUCCAGCCUCAGCUACUCGCCCGCUCGCCGCAGCCCUGAGCGUUACCGCGACAUCAUAGAGAAGUUACCAGAAAAAGACAAACGCAAAUACAUCAAAUCACCAUCGGACUUACAUCCCAAAAAGAAGAAGAAAAGUAAAGAUACAACUGAGAAUUACAAACCUAAAGCCGUUUGUAUGCGAAGCUCGUCCAGCGAACAUGACGAUUCAGAAGUCGAGUUCUUGCGAUUAGACGACAGAGAUCGACAGGAGGAGUUGGAUUUCAAGGAGCUGAAUAGACUGAAAGAAAGACUGGCUCAGUUAGCUAAAGUGUCGAUGGAGCGCAGGAGACAAGAGGAUGAGGACGGUCCUUCAACAUCGCAAGGUCCUUCAACGCGUAGUGAACCCAAGCCUAAGGAGAGCGAUGCUGAGAAACCUAAAAGGAAAAGUCCUAGCCCUGCAGAGGAAGUGAAAGAAAAGUCACCUGUGCAACCAGUGGAAGUUAAAAAGAGUCCGGAGCAGGCAAAACCUCCGUCUCCUAAACAAGAAAAGAGUCCUCCUGUGAACGUGGAGUCUUCGCCCGAAGUGAAGGCGAAGGCGGCGGGCAGCACGGCGCGGCGGCGCUGGUCGCGCUCGUCGUCGCGCUCGACCAAGUCGCGCUCGCGCAACAAGACGCGCUCGCGGUCGCGGUCACGAUCUCGCUCGAGGUCGUCGAGGUCAAGGUCGCGGUCAUAUUCUUCGUCAAGGCGGUCUCGCUCAAGUCGUUCGUCUUCGUACAGCAGUCGCAGUAGCUCUCGCUCUUCGCGCAGCACCUCUCGCUCCACGCGCUCGUCUAGAACAAUGACAGGCGUAUACGCGGAUUACCGUAGAUCCAGUGAGUCGCGAGCGCGGACGCGAUCUCGCUCGCCCUCCAUACCGCGCCGCGCUGGCUCGCCCAGCUUCCUGGAUAGGCGGCGGAUCACGAGAAAAAAGUCGCGAAAAUAUAGCACGAGUUCUGAAGACACAAGUAGUAGCUCCGGGUAGUGAAGUGAAUGUGCUAGUGUGAAUUAGUUUAAGUAAUAUUAUGUAUUGUAUUAAAAUAUUAAGCCCUACUUUUCAUUUAAUAUAUCGCCUUUUAUUAUCUUUCUUAUUGAUCUGGGUGUUCAUAUCUGUAUAGAGGCUGACUAGGUUUUAAAAUAAUGAAUUUUCAAUAUUCCCAUUGGCUGUGAACGAAGUUUGGAUACUCAUUCAUUGGUCAGUCUCGAUGCAUCAAUUAUAACAACUUUAGAUGUGUGCGUUCUCUAACACUGAUCAUGCUAACAGGGUGUGCUACUAGAUGUAAGAUUAUAUUUUUACAUUUACAAUUGAUAUUUGACUGUGUAAUAAUGAUAUUUCCUAUCAGUAAUUGAAUCCAUUAUUAUUUUCAAUUUGAACAAAAAAAAAUAAAAAAAAGAAAGAAACUUAAAAUGAAAUAACAGGAAUGGAAACAUAAUUAACAAUUGUUUUUCCUCCGUAGCGCACCCAUAAUAGAUCUUACAUACGCGUCAAACAAAUACAAGUAUAGAAGAAGAUAGCGUACCAAUGAGAUAUUCACAUAAUGGGAUACACCGCUGAUCGCCAGACGUAGACGAUGUGCUAUUUAUGUAGAACAUGCUGCAAGUGUGUUUUCUGUUUCAAGAUUAUUCAUUUUGUUUUAUCACAUUAAAGUUUAUUUCGAAA